UCCCACUCAUUGGCUUAUUCGAUAAAAUCUUUGGUAUUUGGACGCUUUACAAAGUUUUGUUUUGUUUUUUUUUUAUAAAGUAAAAUAAAAAUAUCUAAAAAAAUAACAGAAUGGGCUGUGCUAAUACGAAAAGUACAAAAAAAUCACAACAAAAAUCACAAAAAUCACAAAGAACUGGUGAACAGAUUUUAUCUAAACAGAUGCCAGCAUCACAAAUUGCACCAAUAUCAAAUGUUGAUUCGAAAUUUUGUUCGAAAAUUGUUCAACAACCAAAUUCACAAAUGCAAAAAAAUAUUCUUGCCGGUAGUAUGGCUUCGAAUGUUUUAAGCAGUCAAAUACAACCAUCACAAUUUGAUUCAAAAUAUGAUGGUGGUUCAGUAGUAUCAACAUUAAGUUCACAAGGUGGUAGUUCAGUAUUGGGCAGUCAACUUAAUCCAAGUGAUUAUCAAUCAUCGGCAUUAGGUGGUUCAGUAAUUGGAAGUUCAGGAGUUGGUAGUUCAGCAAUUAGUUCAUCCGGAGCAUCAACACCAUAUUCAACAAUAUCACAAACAGGUGGAUCAUCAUUAUCUGGUGCAUCAUAUGGUGGUUCAUCAUUUGCACCUGGUUCUUCAUAUGCAGGCAGUAAUGUUUCAACAUAUUCAAAUAUGUCUAACGUAAAAGGCAGUAGCGCUAUAUCCGGUGUGAGUAAACCUGGUGAUAGCUAUUUUUCGGGUGUUUCGGGUGCAUCGGGUGUAUCAGGCGUAUCGGGAAUUUCGGGAGUUUCUGGUGUGUCAGGUGCAUCUGGUGUAUCAGGCGUAUCGGGAAUUUCUGGUGUAUCAGGCGUAUCAGGCGUAUCAGGUGUUUCUGGUGUAUCCGGUGUAUCUGGUGUAUCUGGUGUAUCCGGUGUAUCUGGUGUAUCUGGCGUAUCUAAUGCAUCAAGUUAUGCUGAUUCAAAAUUUUCAUCAGCAGUUUCUAAAGGUGGUGAUCCAAUCAGUAUUUCAAUUGCAAUAUCAAAAGGAUCACCGCGUGAUAAAAAGGGUCAAAAGCUUUAUACACCAAGUCAAAUUUUUACAAAAUUUUUGGAUGAAAAGAAAGGUGGUAAACAUGGACCAAAAACUGCUAAGCAACAGAUAGCAAAAUUUUCUAAAGUUUAAACAAACAAAAAAAACAA